UCUUUAAAAAAAAUAGCCAAUUCUGGUGCAAUAAAAGCCACUAACAAAUAAAGAAAAAGAUCAACCGUCUAACCUCGACUACAAUUUACAAACACUUUCUCUGAAUAUUCAUCAUAUUAGCUUUCCAUCUGAAAACUCGGCGAAGAAUCACACGAAAUUCAGCAUUUCCAUCAUCAAAUUACCUUCCCGAACUUGAGGAACAGACAAAUUGUGAGAGAAAAGGAUUACGAACGAGUUAAAUUUGUAUCGUCGACUUCAAACUCGGAUCUUCCAGAAAUUUGAGAUUUUGGGUUAAGUUUAACUCACUGACCCUAACUCCCUUGGAUACGGCACUGGAUAUGAGAGUUAUCCAUUUCCCAGAACUACUAAAUUCUAGAAGAGAGACUCAGGAUGUGAUGAAUUGAUAAUAAUGUUGUACGUUUGUCAUGUGUCAUGACAUGGUCCAAGACUAAGGGAGUAAACGAAGCUGCCGUGAGUGCUGUUGGUAGAGAAGAGAUCUUUAAUAAACAUGACUUCCCUCCAACUUUUGCAAUUAACAGAGCAUGGCCGCAAUAUUCUUGUUUCGAGAAGGAAGUCUUUACUGCUGGCUUCUGGCAUCUUGGUGGCAGGUGGCACAGCUGCGUAUAUGCAAUCAAGAUUGAGAAAUAAUCGGUCUGGUGCCUUUGGUCAAUGCAAUGGGCCCGGGGGUCUGGCAGAGGGUUCUGAAAACGACAUCUCGAAGAAUUCUGUAUCUAAGGGAAAGAAAAAAAAUAAAAAUGCAUUGAGAUCUCUGCAGGUCUUAGCAGCUAUUCUUUUGUCACAGAUGGGUCGAAGGGGUGCUCGUGACCUCUUAGCAUUGGUGUCUGUAGUGGUGUUGCGGACUGCUGUAAGCAAUAGACUGGCCAAAGUGCAAGGGUUUUUGUUUCGAGCAGCUUUUCUACGCCGUGUACCAUCGUUUUUGAGAUUAAUAAUUGAAAAUGUUCUUCUCUGUUUCUUUCUAUCAACAUUGCAUUCUACAUCAAAGUACAUAACAGGGACCUUAAGUUUGCGGUUCAGGAAAAUACUGACAAAGCUUAUCCAUUCACAUUAUUUUGAGAGUAUGGCAUACUACAAAAUAUCCCAUGUUGAUGGCCGGGUAACUAAUCCAGAACAAAGGAUCGCUAGUGAUGUUCCAAAAUUCUGCUCCGAAUUAAGUGACCUUGUGCAAGAGGAUCUUACUGCAGUAACAGAUGGACUGCUUUAUACAUGGCGCCUUUGUUCUUAUGCCAGUCCAAAAUAUAUCUUCUGGAUAUUGGGCUAUGUACUGGGAGCAGGGACCAUGAUUAGAACUUUUUCUCCUGCAUUUGGAAAACUAAUGUCUAAAGAACAGCAACUGGAGGGGGAAUAUAGACAGCUUCACUCUCGAUUGAGGACCCAUUCGGAAAGCAUAGCAUUUUAUGGAGGAGAAGCUAGAGAAGAGUUUUAUAUUCAGCAGAAGUUCAAGACACUGGUAAAGCAUCUGGGUGUCGUCCAUCAUGAUCAUUGGUGGUUUGGAAUGAUCCAGGACUUUUUGUUGAAGUAUCUUGGAGCCACUGUAGCUGUUGUUCUCAUAAUAGAACCCUUUUUUUCUGGCGAUUUAAGGCCCGAUACUUCAACUUUAGGACGUGCUGAGAUGUUAAGCAAUCUUAGAUAUCAUACCAGCGUUAUUAUUUCACUUUUCCAGUCUCUGGGUACAUUGUCAAUCAGUUCAAGACGACUCAAUCGUCUCAGUGGUUAUGCAGAGCGCAUUCAUGAGUUAAUUGCUGUAUCUCGAGAGCUUGGUUUUCGUGAUAGCUCUUCUUCACAGAGAAAUGGAAGUAGAAAUUGCUUUACUGAAGCUAACUACAUAGAAUUUUCUGACGUCAAGGUUGUUACCCCAUCUAACAAUGUGCUGGUGGAAGACCUGACACUGAAAGUUGAUGCAGGAUCUAACCUUUUGAUUACAGGUCCUAAUGGUAGUGGCAAAAGCUCACUGUUCCGCGUUCUAGGAGGACUUUGGCCUCUAGUAUCCGGGCAUAUUGCAAAGCCUGGAGUUGGAUCUAACCUUAAUAAAGAGAUAUUUUAUGUGCCACAACGACCAUAUACAGCUGUUGGCACUCUUGGGGAUCAAUUGAUGUAUCCUCUUUCGGCAGAUCAAGACAUUGAGCCGCUGACACGCGAUGGAAUGAUAGAGCUUUUAAAAAAUGUUGACCUAGAGUAUUUACUUGAUCGGUAUCCUCCGGACACAGAGGUCAAUUGGGGUGAGGAACUUUCUUUGGGAGAGCAGCAACGACUAGGAAUGGCAAGAUUGUUUUAUCACAAGCCGAAGUUUGCGAUUCUUGAUGAGUGUACCAGUGCUGUGACAACAGAUAUGGAAGAGCGCUUUUGUUCUAAGGUCCGGGCUAUGGGAACUUCAUGCAUCACCAUAUCACAUCGUCCUGCAUUAGUUGCAUUUCAUGAUGUAGUGUUGUCUUUGGAUGGUGAAGGAGGAUGGAGCAUUCACUACAAAAGGGAUGAUGAUGAGAAUGCAUUGGACAUGAAUAUGCCUUUAGGGUCUAACCGCCAAAAUGAUGCAAUGACUGUACAACAAGCAUUUGCUCCUGUUAAGAAGAGCUCUACUAUAUCGAGAUCAAACUCUGAAGCGUAUAUCUCAGAGAUCUUGAGAGCGUCACCUACUGUAAAUCGAGCUUUGAGUUUGCCUCUUGUUCCACAAGUCCAAAUAUCUCCAAGGAUGUUGCCAUUAAGAGUUGCAAAUAUGUUUAGGAUAUUGGUACCUACUGUGUUUGAUAAGCAAGGAGCACAGUUACUUGCAGUUGCAUUCUUGGUUGUCUCAAGAACAUGGGUUUCAGAUCGUAUUGCUUCUCUGAAUGGGACAACUGUGAAAUAUGUUCUGGAGCAGGAUAAGGCAGCCUUUAUUCGUUUAAUUGGGGUCAGCGUUUUACAAAGUGGUGCUUCUUCUUUCAUUGCUCCUUCUAUAAGGCACUUGACAGCAAGGUUGGCUCUUGGAUGCAGGAUCCGUUUGACUCAACAUUUACUCAAGAAUUACUUGAGAAAAAAUGCGUUCUAUAAGGUUUUUCACAUGUCAAGCAAAAGCAUAGAUGCUGAUCAGAGAAUAACACAUGAUCUGGAUAAGCUAACCACUGAUUUAUCAGGGCUUGUCACCGGAAUGGUUAAGCCAACUGUGGACAUUCUUUGGUUCACUUGGAGAAUGAAGCUGUUAACUGGUCGCAGAGGUGUUGCUAUCUUAUAUGCAUAUAUGUUACUUGGACUUGGAUUUUUGAGGAGUGUUACUCCUGAUUUUGGUGAUCUUGUAAGUCAAGAACAACAGCUCGAAGGAACUUUCAGGUUUAUGCAUGAGAGGUUGCGCACACAUGCAGAAUCUGUAGCUUUCUUUGGAGGGGGUGCACGGGAAAAGAUGAUGGUGGAAUCAAAAUUUGAGAAACUUCUCAGUCACUCGUUACUUCUGAUGAAGAAGAAAUGGCUUUAUGGUAUACUUGAUGAUUUCGUCACCAAGCAGCUCCCACAUAAUGUCACGUGGGGAUUGAGCUUAUUAUAUGCCAUGGAGCUUAAGGGAGACCGAUCUUUGACUUCCACACAAGGUGAUCUUGCUCAUGCUUUACGCUUCUUGGCAUCAGUUGUCUCUCAAAGCUUUUUAGCUUUUGGUGACAUUCUUGAGCUGCAUAAGAAGUUCGUUGAGCUUUCUGGUGGUAUCAAUCGAAUUCUUGAGUUAGAGGAGUUCUUAGAUGCUGCUCAAUCUGAUCAUUUGACUCAAACUUCAUUGGCUUCUGAGGGAAAUAGUGCUUACUCUGAAGACAGCAUUUCAUUUUCUGAUGUCGACAUAAUCACCCCUUCCCAGAAAUUGUUGGCGAGGCGAUUGACCUGUGAGAUUGUACCAGGAAAAAGUGUUCUUGUUACGGGUCCAAAUGGGAGUGGCAAAAGUUCAGUAUUUAGAGUCCUUCGUGGUAUCUGGCCCAUUGUUAGUGGAAGACUUGUCAAACCAAGCCAACUUUAUGAAAAGGGAAUUGAAUUUGAUUGUGGUAUAUUUGUUGUUCCACAACGACCAUAUACAUGCUUAGGAACCCUGAGAGAUCAGGUCAUAUAUCCUCUAUCACGUGAGGAAGCUGAGAUAAGAGCAGUACUGAGGCAUGGAGGUCAUCAUUCUUGCACUUCCUCAGAAGUAUUGGAUAUGGAAAUCAAAUCCAUACUAGAAAAUGUUAAGCUGAUUUAUCUACUGGAGCGGGAAGGUGGAUUGGGCACGGCUCUAAACUGGGAAGAUGUCCUCUCUCUUGGAGAGCAGCAGAGAUUAGGGAUGGCACGCUUAUUCUUCCACAAGCCUAAAUUUGCUAUCCUUGAUGAGUGCACCAAUGCCACAAGUGUUGAUGUGGAGGAGCACCUCUAUAAGCUCGCUUCUAAUCUAGGCAUUACAGUUGUUACUUCAUCGCAGCGCCCUGCUUUAAUUCCUUUUCAUGUGUUGGAAUUGCGACUGAUUGACGGAGAGGGUAGCUGGGAGCUUCGCAAAAUAAAGCAAGGAUACUCCAAGGAUUCCUGAAGUAGAUGAUAUGCCAUGGAGUCUCCCUUGUGCUUAUGUGCUUCAGUUUGCCUGUUGCCGUCCAAUUCGCUGCCUUUCCAUGGUUGUGCCGAGUAAAGUGAUGAGAGUACUCCUGAUGAUAGAUGAGCGCAAUGCUCGGAUGCAAUUGCAGCAUAUCUGAAAGCAAUGUAAUAAUGAAUCCGGUAUCACACAUUAGAAUUUUGUAGAUCUAUGAAAAGCUACGUCCGAAUGGUUCAGCAUCUAAGGUACAUAAUUCAGCAAUUUAUAGCAUGUUUGGUUGGUGGUACUACAUGGUGGUGAUGCUAAUGAAAUCGAUUGUAAUAUGAAGGAAAAUCUCCAACGUAUUACCAUGGCAAUGAGACUCAGCAGCAAACGUGAUUUUUUUUCA